AUGUUUUUCUUUGAUGUUGACUUCCUUUGCCAUAGAACAUCAAGAAUCAACAUCAUUCCAUUCUCUGAUAUUGACACAAAGGUCAAACAUGCCGUAAAUAUCCCAGUCAGUCACACGUGGCAUCAACCCAUUGAUGGCUUCAUAUCUCCAUCCUUGCACCUACUGUGCCCCAUCACAGCGUAUCACGAGUACCAUCACCCUACCACACGCCAUAAAUGCUUUACCCUCCAACAACAAAUCCAAGCCGUUGAUCAAAUAAACCUUUUUCGUGUUGCCACGAAGAUCAGGGUUCACCGAAGGUACAUUCGUCAAUCCGAUUCUCGCGCAGUCUGUAUGGAAAAAGGGAAUGUUGGUGAUCAAGCUCAAUCUUUGUCCACCAAAGAUGAGUCCAAUUCUUCUGCAAUACAUGACUAUUCUGCACAGGAUGUUGCUGAUGCUUUUGUGAAACAAUACUACAAUAUACUGCAAGAAUCUCCACAAGAUGCUCAUAAGUUCUAUAAAGAUACAAGCAUCCUAGAUCAUCCAUGUCCUGAUGGUUCAAUGAAAUCAGCAACAACAUUAAAGGAUAUUGAUAAUGAGCUCAAGGGUUCAAAUAUCAAGAACUGGAAUCCAAAUCUAACGACUGUUCAUGCUCAAGAUUCAGUAAUGGGAUCAGUGAUUGUGGGUGUAACUGGAUUUUUGACUGAUAAUGAUAAUGUGACAAAACACUUUGCCCAAACCUUUUGUUUGGCAACACAAGAAGGUGGUGGCUUUUAUGUACACAAUGAUUUUCUUCAGUUUAUAGAAAUCAACAACAUCUCAGAAACAGAAACUUCACCUCCUAAUCUUGAUGUUGCAACCCCAACAGUUGCUCCACAGGCCAUUGAUAAAGAAAAAGGUUCACCCAAAAAGGAUGAAAAUAAGGUUGUGAGCUCAUCAAAAGGAAAGAAUCCACUUCCUACAGAACCAAACAAGAAAAGUCAAUCCUUAAACAUUCAAGAAGAAGCAAAAAGGGUGUCUUAUGCAUCAAUUGUGGCAAAAGAGGGACCAGUAGCAUCAUCCAGUGCACAAGCAUUGCCAAAUGCUGAUAGGCAAUCAUUGGCACUUACCAAUACCAAUACCAUACCCAAACAAUCUGUGAAGCCAUUAACACUUCCUAGCAAUGAUGUUCUAGAAAGUAUGUAUGAUGUUAAGUCAAUCCGCAUUAAGGAUCUACCAUCACAUAUGACUGAGGAAUCGCUUCAAGAAGUGGUGAAAAGAUUCGGACCUGUCAAAAAUAAGAACAUUCAAAUCAAAGAAUACUCACAGGACGGAUAUCGCUACGCUUUUGUCGAAUUUGAAAGCCCCAAAUCUGCCCGCACCGCAGUAGAGGCUCGAUUCAUCCAGUUUGAGGACAGAGAAUCUGAAAUUCAGUAUAAGAGAUAUAACAAUAAUCAAGGAGGAGGAUAUAGUAAUUACAUGGGGGGGAGAGGAACAGGAACAGGAAGAGGAGGAUUUCGAAGUGAUAAUUUUUGGGGUCAUGUGCAAGGAGGGUAUAGUACUAGUAGUAGUGGUAGUGGGACCGGGGGUAGUAGACGUAACAGGUACUCCCAAGAUCAAUCUCGGAGCUUUAACUAGGUAGGUAGCUACCCCGGGUUACGUAAAACUUUAAACUCUCUACAAAAAACUACUAGUACACCACUCCACAAACAAAUUAACUAUGUGGUUGAAAUGUUUUUUUUUUUUU